AUGCUUACGUUCUUCGUCAUCUUGUUGAGCCUUUACGAUAUCUGCAUUGGAGUGACACAGUACUGCCAAAAUCAUGGUAGCUUUAUGGACGAUGACGUUCGUACAAAAGUCUUGCAUUUUCACAACGGACUCCGCUAUGCACUUGUUCAAGGAACAUCACCUGGCUAUGAAGGCAAAGACCUUCCACCUGCGAAAAGUCUGUACAAAAUGAGAUGGAGCUGUGCCCUCGAAGAAAAAGCGCUGAAGUUGACCAAAAACUGUUCUCAUUCCGUGAGCGAAUCGCUGGAUAAUGGGCAGAAUGUUCACUAUACCAACGAUGGAGAGUACAUUUCCAAAGAAGGUAAAAAUGCUGUCAUUCAUGAUGCGAUGUAUCGGUGGACCUUGCCAGCCCAGUAUUACUUCAUGAAAGAUACGCGCUACGAGUCCGACCGUUUAUACACCUUUGCCAAUAUGGCUCAUCAUGAAAUCUACGAAUUAGGCUGCAAUUAUGAGCAGUGCGGUGAUAGUUUUGGUGGUGUGGGCGAGGCUGUGUUUGCAUGUGUCUACAACAAAAAGAGCUCCUAA